GUUAUCAAAGAGGAGCAAGUAUCCGAGGACUCGGAUUCCGAAGACGGCAACGCCACCACGACUUCAGACUCAGAAGACGUUGAGCAGAACGUAAAGGAGAACAAGAAGAGAUCGCCUAAGCAACGUGGCAAGAAGAUGCUACCGAAUACUACAGUAACUGGAGCAACUGAUGGGACUGGAAGCGCCGUGCCCACGUCUUCAGCAGCCAGCACUUUGGAUUAUACGGCGAUGAACGCUCAGGACUAUCUGCCCACCUACUCCAACACAGCGCUCAGCUAUCAGCCAGCCUAUCAGUAUUCGAAUGCCACCAAUGGACUUCUCAACUACAACUAUAAUCAGUAUGCUAAUCAAUUGGGAUCCAACUAUAUCAACACCACGGCGAACUUCAUGCAAGGAGGAGGGAUUUCACCAUUAGCCAAUCCCACCACCGGCUCCGCAUCCGUCACAACAUCAUCUGCUUCCGUCGUCAAUCGAUCGUCUGGACGCAACUCGAGCUCAACCGCUUCAACCAUCAAUGCCGCUGCUGGCUCCCCAGUUGAAAGCCGAUCGUACGCGGGAGGAUCCGGAAGUAGCGGACAGGAGCUGACGGUUCAGGAAUUCGAGAAUGUUCGGGAGAAGAUUCGGAGACAAGGAACCUAUGGGCAAUCGAAACCGCCAUACUCCUACAUUUCCUUGAUCACAAUGGCAAUUCAAAAAUCGGCUACACGACAAUUGACCCUCUCGGAAAUCUACAACUGGAUCAUGGAGCUGUUCCCAUACUACCAGAAUCAUCAGCAAAGAUGGCAAAACUCGAUUCGCCACUCUUUAUCCUUCAAUGACUGCUUCGUGAAAGUUGCUAGAUCCCCAGACAAGCCAGGAAAGGGAUCCUUCUGGACGCUCCAUGAGCAUUGCGGUAACAUGUUCGAGAAUGGAUGUUAUCUUCGUCGUCAAAAGAGAUUCAAGGUCAAGGAGCGUGAGCCAUCAAGAAAGAAGAGAAAUGCUCAUGCUCAGCAACAACAACACGUGCCCAAGAUUGAGAUCAAGGAUGAGGAUCAGACGGUUUCAACAACUUCAUCACUUGGAGCGUACCCGAUGGUCAGUCAACCCACUGCUAAGAUUGAGGUGAAAGAGGAGCUGAAAUCAGCAGCGUCGGCCGCCACCGCUUCUUCCGCGCUACUUGACCCAAUCGCGUCGGCAGUCAAUCACAGUCAACCCACUUCAGUCAUCUCCAGUGUCGGAAGUCUUGGAGCUACACAGCCACAGAUGAACCUCAACGGGCAAUACUCUUCGCCAUACAUCUAUUCGGGAGACUUCUCGGCGAAUCUCCUCCAGGGACAGAACUUCCUGAACAACACCAUCUACAAUCCAACGAGCCUGUAUACCUCCAAUGAUUAUAAUGGAUAUCAGAAUACUCUAUACAGCUCCACCAACCCGAACUCUGCUGCGAAUCUCUAA